UUACGUCUCACAGCACCAACACCAAUCCAGACCGUGCAACCACGUCACAGGCGCGCACCUGUAUAAAUCCAGACUGUCACAGAGACGCACCAUGCAGACGAAGUGAAGUGGCAAGAUGCCCCAACGCAGCUUAUUCCUUUAACAGGAUCACAUUAAUUAGAUCUUUCAUAAAUAAGCGGACCAUGUUGACAUGCCAUUAGGAGACGCCAAGAGUCAAGGUGCCGGCAACAAUUUGCUCUAUCUUAGGAGAUGGACGACGUGCUUAACCAAAGUAGAACAAUGAACAGAACUUCACCCGGAGGUGAUCCAUUCGAGGACAUUGAUAUGACUGCCGACGGGAGCCCUAUCCUCCGGAUCGUCAUCUCCAUCGUGUAUUCUGUGGUUUGCGCGGUGGGUUUAGUCGGGAACCUGUUGGUCUUCUUCCUGAUGAGGUUAAGACAAGGUCGGAAGAAGUCCAGUAUAAAUUGUUUCGUUAUUAAUUUGGCGGUGACUGACUUCCAGUUCGUGCUUACUCUGCCUUUCUGGGCAGUGGACACCGCGCUGGACUUCAGCUGGCCGUUUGGCGACGCCAUGUGCAGAAUCAUCCUCACGGUCACCGUCAUGAACAUGUACGCUAGCGUCUUUUUUCUAACGGCCAUGAGUGUGACCAGGUACUGGUCUGUCGCCUCAGCCCUGAAAAACCGAAGCUGCCGGGCGUCUGGAUCCGCCAAAUGGGUGUGCGCCGUGCUUUGGGUAUCCGCCACAGUGGCCACGGCGCCCACAACCAUUUUCUCCACCGUGACAGUCGUAGCAGGGGAAAAAUUAUGUCUUCUCAGGUUUCCAGAAGGACAUGACUGGCUGGCGCUCUACCACAUUCAGAAGAUCCUGGUCGCGUUCAUCAUCCCGAUGCUCGUGGUCACGGUGAGCUAUUUAAUGCUUUUACGCUUCAUCCGUCAGAAAACCAUGCGCAACAACAACCCAAAACGAAGGUCUAGAGUCACAAGAUCUGUCACGAUAGUGGUUUUAUCUUUCUUUCUUUGCUGGAUGCCCAACCACGCCAUCACACUUUGGGGGGUGCUGGUGAAAUUUAACGCUGUCAACUGGGAUAAGUCCUACUACAUGGUGCACACCUACGUUUUCCCGGUCACCGUCUGCCUGGCGCAUGCGAACAGCUGUCUGAAUCCAGUACUAUAUUGCCUCAUCCGACCCGAGUUUCGGAAGAUUUUACGGAAUCUAUUCUGGAAACUCCAAACUCCGUCCAUAAAGAAAGAAUGCGCAUUACGCACGCUGUCAGGGAAGUUCCGCGCGCCGUACGAGGAAACCCACGAAGUUAUUCCGCUGCAAACCACGGACAACGGACAGUUCCAACUGUCCAUCCUAGACAGAAAAGGGUUAUCCUGCUCGAUCUCGUCCAACACUUGAAAUGUGUCUACUGGAAAAAGACUUGCGAGUUGUUUGUGAACGGGAUGAAGGACUUUUUAAGUGGUGUGUUCACUUUUGUUUAAAUAUACCAGGUUGCAUAGGCAUACGUUUGAAUUAUUAGAAGAAAAUUAUCCUUCCAACAUCAAAUAGCUGAUUUGAAAUGUCAACAGUCUACACGUCAUUGUCUACACUGUGGACUUCAAAAUGUACGCAAAAAAUUAACACACAAUAGGCUACUUGACACAUAAAGACACCAAAAGUGUAAAAUACACAUUCAUUUAUCAAGAUUAUGUCUGAGGACAAGACCAACAGGCAUUUGAUUUAUGUCCGUCUUAAAUGGCACCCACCUACUUUACUACCAAUUGUGAUGUUGAUAAGCCAAUUCAAGCCAUUUCACUAUACCUUCUAGCGACACAGACUAGAGGGUAGAUGAAAUGUGAAAUGGCUCAAAUAAGGGUCCUUAAGGUUUGGACCUCGAUACUGUUAACAUAAUAUGGGCCUCUACAUAUUAUCUGGUAAUAUCUUUGUACAUGUGGUGAUAUUUGGAUUAUUAUAGCACGCAAGCUUAUACAUUUUUAUAAUUAAUUUCAAAUAAGAUCAAUGCAGCUCCAAUCCAAUUCAUCAAUGCAUGGAGAACCCUGAUUAGUGUAGGUGGUGGUGGGGGAGGAAAGAACUGUGGCAGCGUACACAUUGUAUACCACUGGAUGACAUGAAACACAGUGAGGAUCUAAACCUCUGCCAACCGCCAAACGUCUACAUUAAGCUUCUCCUGUACAAAAAAAUCAGCCUGUGCCAUAAAUAAUGACUGUUGGGUGCCUCCAUUGAAAUUGAUUUGACUAUUUUACUCUCUGAUCAUUCUGAUCAUAUGAUUACAUAAUUGUAUUUUGAAAAAAACUUUCCAAAGCAAAUAUACAGUAAACAAAUUCCCAAAAUAGCCUGGAUCCCUGCUCUAUCCCCCUCCAUUCAGCCCCACCUGGUGUAAUCCAAUUUGGGCCAAGGACUCAAUCUAUACGAAACAGACCAUUCCCCUGCAUAUAAAAAUAUAUGUGACUGAAGAAAUGCUGUUGUUUUUUGUGUUGUAUUUCUGUUUUGUAAAACAAUUUGAACGAUUUUGACAAGCAAAUAAAAUAUAAGUAUAUAUGUAAUCUGUAAUGUGUGCGGUGAUGUGUGUGUGUAUGUGCAUGUGUGCGUGUGUGCUGGUUGUUUCUUUAUUAAACCUUCACAGGGAAAAGGCUGUGUGUGUGUUUUUGAAAUACUUUACUAGGUCCUUCACGACCCAACCUUCCAGCUUUACUUAUUUUCACACAGCAUCCAAGAUAAUGGACCUCCCCACCCCCAGCCUGUCAGAAGCAAAUGAACUUGCUAUCGCACAUAUUGCACGUGUGGUAGUCAGCAGCCCUGAACACUCUCUUAACCAAUUCUUCAAAUGACUACCAUCUGGACGCAGAAAUAGGGUACUAGACUGGAAAAAAAAGCCCAUUUUAAAAUAAGUUUUGUCCCCUCAGCCCUCAUAGCACUGAACAAUGAAAUUUUUUUCGAUUUUUCAUCACUGUAUAUUGUCCAUGUCAUGUUUAUUUCUGACAUGUUUUUCUGUGGUAUAUGUGGGAAGAGGGUUUAUCUGUUAUCUGUUUUUUUAUUUUUUUAUUUAUCUGUGUGCUACUGUACUCUUUUUAAAUGUAUGCUGCCCUGACACCAACUUGACUUGACUGUGUGAAAACAAGUAUCCCUUCUCUUGAGUAUACCGGGCUUGCCAUAUAUGAAACAUAUUGGCACACAAACCUUUCAUUCAACAUUGGUAGAAUAAUAUACUCCAAAAAUAUGCUCUAAAAUGUCAUGAAUUCUGAUUAAAAAUAAAUUGGUAACACUUUAUAAUAAGGUGCCAUAAUAAAUUGCAAACUGUUCAUUAACUAAUCCUUUGUUAUUUGGCACAAGUUAAUAAUACUUUCAUUAAUUAAAUAUAAGUUGUUGCAUAACCCUAACCCAACCCUAACAC